UGUACAAUUUUUCCCAUCGGAUCAACCAUUUCUCCUUCGGAAUGCCAAGCCCAGGAUUAAUACAACCACUAGAUGGCAGUGAGAAGAUAACAGAGUCAAAUCUGUACAUGUUCCAAUACUUCUUGAUCGUGGUGCCCACUGAGAUCAGCACCUACAAGUUCUCCACCAGCACCCACCAAUUCUCGGUCUCGGAGCACGAAAAAAGCCUCACGGGAAUGAUUAGGAAGCACGAGGUGCCAGGAAUCCUGGUGAAAUAUGAUCUCAGCUGUCUUAAGAUUUUGAUCUGCGAGGAAGGAAUGUCCCUCAGCCGGUUUCUAAUUCGCCUCUGCGGUGUCGUAGGUGGAAUAUUUUCCACUGCAGGGCUUCUGCACAAUAUUUGUGGAUUUAUUAUCAAUCUUCUUUGCUGCCAGUGCAAAUCCAGAAACUAAUACAAUGAAAAGAAUGAAACUACCCCAAACUAGAUCACAUCAACAUCAAGCAUGGCGUGACUGCGAUCUUCCAGUUGUUAUUUUUGGGAAUAUAAAAUUAAACUGUGUGUUAGUGUUGAAGAAUUUCAAAUAGACGUUGGAGCC